AUGAACUUCAUGGCUGUGGGAUAUCCCACCUUCCCCAUGGAGCCGCCCUGGCUACUGGUCAUUUGGAACAACUGCGUCUUCAGUUGCAUCAUCUUCGGUAUGGUGGGCGUUUGGCUGGCCAUGAAUGGCUCCAUUGCAGCUACUUCAGCCUCCACCAAGAUCUUGACUCAGGCGGUACGCCCUCCCGUGGCCUCCCUUCUGGAGAUUUCAGAGGCAAUGCGUGCGCAGGAGGAGUAUGAGGCGCUCCCAAAGAACUUCGUUCAGGUCCCCAGUGUCCUGCAAGACGGAGAGCUGCCAGCACACGACCGGGUCCAUCAAAACAUCUCCAGCCUCCGGCGCGCAGCCUCCGUGCCGGCAAUCCGAAAGACAAGGAGUACUCCUGUGACAAAAGAGAUGGAGGUUUUGCGCUGGGUUGAUGAAACAGCCCAUGCGACUGAAGGUGUCGUGAAGCGUUUGCACACCGAGGAUGAUGGUGGCCCUGGCCGCAGUGCUGCACUCUAUUCGCACUUCUGGAUGCUGCGCCGGGUGCAGCGUGGCUAUGCCUGUUUUGAUGCGUACGCGCGGAUCUCGCUAGCAGUCUCCGCCCAACAGCUAGUGCUGGUGGAGUCCUACUUUGCACUGGGGCACUUCAUGCUGAAGUCUGAAGGCUGGCCAUCACCUGUGCAGAACACUGAGGGCGCAUGGCUGGCGUUGCUGAUGGGGGUAUACGCGUGCUGGAUUUUGUUUAAGCUGGACCUGUACAUGAAGAAGGAGCAAAGGCGGCUCGUGCAGCUGGGUCUUUGGCUUGCGCCAAUGUUGGCUGCCUUGGCCACACAGCUCUUCAACAUCCGUACCAAGCACGGAGAAGGCGGUGUACGGCCUUGCGACCAGAUCGUGCCGGUGUGGCUACCAUGGAUAGUUGCCUUGUUGGCUUGCUCCUGCCACAUGCUGUGGAUACUCAUCAUCCUUUUUGUGUCUAGGCCCCUCCUCGCCAACAUGGAGCUUCCGGUGUCCUUUAGGGCUGCCAUCUACCUGGACAUAUUCGGCUGGCACAGCCGCCACUUCCGUGCCUCGGUGGUGGAGAACCACCAAGGGCCUUUGGCCCACUGGGACGUGCGGGGCGCUCACGACGCGCACGGGGCGCACGACGGUGAGACCUCGUUCUUGCCGAUGUCGCCCGGUGGGGAUCAGCAACGCCGGGCCUUUGCGACCUUUACGGAGGCGAAGCGCCUCAGCCGUACCCUCUCGAAGCUCAGCCGCCCGGAGUCGGCCAAGCACUUCGCGCCGGAGGAUAAAGCGAGCGUGGAACACAUGAAGACGGUCUUAGAUGAGGAGCUCAAGGAUUUGCAGAGUCAGCUGUCCAUGCCCUGGAGUCGACAAACUUCGGAGGGCUGGAGCAGGCAGUCCUCACCGAUGGGGAGCUCCUGGCUCCAGAGUGCUUGCGACGAUGGCAGCGGGAGCCUGGUGCCCUACUGGGUGGAUUGCCGGUCUGGCCAGGUGGUUUGGUCGCGGCCCGAUGGCAUGAUCUUGGAUCUUGUGCGCAUCACCGAGUCCGUACAGGAGCUGCUGGAUCGCAUUAAUAGCUCGGAAGACGUGACGGGCCCCAUGGUGGAUGCUGAGGCCCUGCCAUUUGAGCUAAUGCCCAUUACGCCUGAGAGCGAGAUGAGCAGCAGCAUUUUGCCCUGGAAGAGUCUGCAGCGCGUUUGCCUUGCUCAGUUACUGGUUUGGCUGGGCUCUAUCCUAGUGGUUCUCUUUGACCCGAUGUACUACGACACCCCCAUUGCGCCUCGUGAGUUGUACAACCCGUUCGUGCUGCGGAAGUUGAAUGUAAAUUGGCCUCAUCGUCACUUCCGGCCGAGUGCUAUGACGUGUGGCACCAACGACGCCACGGUGUAUGUGGGUGACCAGUUUGCCAUUUGGAGCGGUGAGCUCUACUGGGACCAGGAGGCCGUGGAGCUCUAUGACGCUGACGUGCACUCGCUGCGUGGCCGCCGGCAUUUGCGGCGUCACGAGCGGUUGGCGGACGUGGAGAAGCGCCCGCUAAAGCUGCAGAAUGUAACGCUGCACCCAGUGAUCCCGGCCAUUGAGCUGGAGGCCGCCUGGAUUGGCUUUGGCAUCUUGCGGCGCAAGGGGAAGGUGCUGAUGCUACACCAAGAGACUCACAACCUCACCGAGCAGUCAAUCUACCCAUGGAUCCCGGGGAAGAAGACCUGGCGCUUGGGCCCAGCACUACCGAGCCGCAACCUGGUGGCGCUGCAGCUCUUGGAGGGCUCCGACGCGGUGGUUUGCAGCCAGCGGAAGGGCUUCGUGGACAUGGGAUGGGCAGUGCUGGCGGCUACGGAUUCAGGGCAAGUGAUUGUGCUGUGCCCCACCUUGGAAGAUGAGCUGCACCCGGUGGAAAUGCUGAUCUCCCUGAGACAUCGAAAGAUUGCCGAGAGCGUGGUCUCAAUUGUGGACUCCCACACAGGAUCCAAUAGCCCAAGACAUAGGAAGAUCAUUGGCGUGGAUUUGGAUCCUGAGAUGGAGAUCUUGUGGAUCUUCUCGCAAACCAGUGACGGCGGGGGGGACCUGCGCCUCGUGGACCAGCGCACCGCGCGGGUCGUGGACGUUUGGCCACUGCCCAGUGGCCGCUGGUGGGCGCCAGGCUUUUGCAACCUGGGCUUUACCCAGGGCUUCGUGCUGGCGGGUGCUGCGGACCUCAAAGCCUCCCGGGGCGGACCAGAGCUCUGGCGUUUCAUGCCGUUCGCGACUCAAAAAUUCCGCAAGUGGGCCAAAGAGACGGGACGAUCUCCCAGCUGA